AAAACUUUUUGUUUCUCUGUCCGUGGUGCUGAAUGUAUGUCAUAAUUUGCAUGAAAAGCCGAUCUGUGAGGUUUGUGAGAUUUUUACAUCUAAAAAUGAAAAAAAAAAACGCUUGAUUUAUUCUACUCGUAUUGCUCUUGUUUCACGUCUGCCCGAAUUGUGCAAAGAUUGUCUUUUGGCUUAAUUUUACUUCAGCACAUAGUAAAUUCGAUUACAAUUCCACUAUUAUGAAGAUGAGAUGAGAGAUGAUUGAGCCUAUAAAUCCGUCCUAAUAAAUCGCAAUAGAGCGAAUGAGAGGGAAUGGACCUUGUUGACAGGCUGGUAUCUACUUCAUCUAUUUUGAAAUCUAAGUGAGUCAAAAGGGGCGGUCUCCGUCAGACAAACAGGAGAACCUUUGCGCAUAGAGAUCCAGUUUUACGCAGCACUCGACUGUAUGUCGAUUGACUUUGUUUAACUUUGUUUUUAUGUAGCAAAUAUUCGAAACCCAACAAAGUAACUGAAACAGCUGUCAGAGUGGAACUUUUUGGAGUGCAAGUGCAGAGCAGGUGGUCCUGGAACAGCGUCAGUCAUGGGAGCGCACGGAGCGCGCAUCGGGUUCUAUGUUUGCGGAUAUUUGGCGUUUUUCUGCACUGAGUUCGUCCCUACCGCUGAAGCCGGCUGCAGGGAAAGGGAGAACCAGAACUGCUGCCCCGGCCGGGAUAACGAAUGUUUUGAGUACACAAGAAGAAAAACGGUGUGCUACUGCGACAGCUACUGUCAAAAAACCAGAGACUGCUGCGAGGACUACCAACACGUGUGCCAAAUGUCUGCCACUGACUGUGUGGUUGGAUCAUGGGGUCCCUGGUCAUCAUGCUCGUCUCCGUGUGGAGUUGGCAGCAAGGAGAGGAGUCGUCAAGUGUCCAUUCCUCCGAGAAGCGGGGGCAGUCCCUGCCCAGAUCUCAGACAAAGACGAGGAUGUUUUGGAAACAACGUCAUAUGCAACAACGCCAAAGACGUGGCAAAAAUCCUGCCUGAUUCUUUCAAGAGGACCUUCAAGGACCCUUGGAGGCGACCCCACAUGCUGAUGAAGAAGGAGAAGGACAGUUACUGUGUGUACCUGAGGGUGAAACAGGCCAGUGCUGCAUGUAAAGUCAAGCUGUGGAGUGCUCAGCUGGUGCGAGAGCGGCUGGUCUGUGCAGAGUGUCAAGGUGAUGCCAUGACAAAAUCUGAUCGCUGUGCAGGAGAUGGCCUGGAGGAUGUUAGAACCUUCUGGACUGCAGCUUCAGCUCCUGGUUGUCACGGUACCUGGGUGCGAGAACGGUCUUCUGAACGCUGCCGUUGUCCUCCUUACUCUGUCCUCUUUGUUUGAGCUGAUCUGAUAGCAGGGACCUGACUGUGCUCAGAGAGCCUCUUCUAACCGAGGAGAGCCCUGCCAGGCAAACCAGACCCUUCUUUCCUGAUUCUUGUAUAGACAACUCAUGGAAAUCAGCUGCAUCCUGCCACUUCUCAUCUCAUACUGUGUACUGUAUACUAUAAAGUUAAGCACACAUAAAUUAAUGCAUUUCUUCACUUGAAGUUUAAAAGCCACAUUGCUGCACCUGAAAACCACUGCAAAGCCUAUAUCGUUAUACCUCUGAAUUUUUGCUAUCUACCUCCAACACCGCAAAUGUGUCAGCUAAUGCAUAAUGUAUAAAUCUGAAAAAAACUUUUGUAUUUUGAUUCAUACAUUUUAUACUUAUGUUGGUUUCUGUGUUCUUUGAAUGUGCCUUUAUAUCUAUAAUCUGUUGUUUCUAAAGGUUAAGCAUUCAAAUUCAAAUUCAAAAAGACUUUAUUCAUCCCAAAGGGAAAUUAAAUGUUGUUGUAGCUCAUAUUAUGCAGGUUUCUUUAAAGAGUUGUUGUAGAUGCUGAAAAAAAUAUUAAUCAGAACAAAAUGAAAUUAAUAAAAGAGCAGGUUCUUCCCUCCAUUUAAACAAUUAUCAAAAUACCUUUGAAACAUCUGUGUGCUGGAGAGGUGGUAAAUACUGAUAAAAUCAAUGCAUGUUCCACAAUUUAAUUUCUACUAAUAUUUUAUAAAAAGUCAGCUAAAUAUUGGGUAUUGAUCCCUCAGGUGCCAUUGUGUAUAUGUCACUCGUCAGGCUCCCUCCCUUUCUCCUUCUUCUUGUGAUCUUUAUAUUAUGGUCUGUAUAUAAAUGAGAUCAGGAUCUUCAUCCCCCAAACUGAUCCAAGUCAUUUAAGAAAAUGAAUGUGCCAACAAUGAUUCAAUGUCUGAAAUGUUAUUAAGAUCAUUGCCAUGGAUGUGCAGUUAUAUAACACAUUAUGUUCAAUCAGGGCCUGAUCUCUUGUGUCUUUGUUUUCUGACAGUGACAGGUAUUUUGUUCCAAGUGGGAUUUCUGCAGGUCUUCUGAAAAAGCUUCAACAUGCAUUUAACUCAGUGAAGAAAGCUUUAAUGUUCUGACAAUUCCCUACCUGAAGUAAACAUAGCUUUAUUGUUAAUUUCUCUCUUCUAUCAGCAUGUUUACUCUCAAUUUCCAUGUGACUCAUUGAUAAUCUGGUUAGUAUAGCAUAUUUUGGGGAAGUUCAAGUUAAUAAUAUGCAAAAAAAACCGUAUAGAAUAAAUAGUUCUUGUGCUUCAUAAACUCAGCUCUUUUCUUUGAACAUUGUAAAUUUAAAACACUAGAGCUUCGGCUGCUCUCUGUGUGCAUUUUGAGGGACAGCUGAGGAUAACUAGCAGUGCAGAUUAGGUCACAUGAAAAAAGAAGCCAUAUAUGAGAGUCCUCUCUCAACAGAGAAAAACCCCACCUUCAAGUCUGUUUUUACUCACAACCAGAUCUGCUCACAGGGGAGAUUAAUCAGUAGAGCAUCAGCCAGUAUAAAUAGCACAUACAGCCAAGUUACUCCCAUGCGAUUAAUUAACUGAAUUUCCUCCCAAAACUCCCCACGUCUUCUUGUUUUUCUUUCAUUUUGCCUUGAUGUUCUGUUCAAAUUAAAUUUCAUGUGAAAUGCAACGACAACAGUUUGACUCAGCCAGUCCAUAAAUUCACUUUUUUGUUACAACUGGUUUAAGAAAAAACCUGGUUAGUAAAAGGAUUUUGAGGGGUUUGUAAUGCUGUUACUUUUUCCCUUUCUCACAUCUUGGGUUUAUGUUUUUAUUUAUUGCAAAAGAACUAAUGAUUUUUGUUAGUGCAACAUCAUACAUUGUCCAAUAGUGAAAUUAAACAACUGUACUCUUUAGCCUGA